AUGGCGGAUGCAGUCUUACGCAGAGAAAUCAAGCGCCUCGUAGAGGAACAAAAGCUCCUUAAUCAACGGCUUCAACGCAAACCUCCCGGGGGCCCUGGCGCAUUGGCUCCCCGCCCUGUUCCGGGGACCGCAGCGAAGGAAAAUUCACAGAGUACCGCGUCGGGCGACCCCACAGGAGCAGCCUCCCAGAAACGACCGCAGGCUGGCGGAGCGCCAAACUAUGAUUUUGCAGGCCCUGAGUUUCAGAUUGCAAAGCGGCCCAAGGUGGAACUUGAUCCUAGUUCGGAGAAGCGCAACAAACGUAUUUUCGGGUUUCUGUCAUCUCAUUUGAACAAAGCCAAGCAACAGCUUGCGAAAGAGAGGGAUACAGAUUUUGCCCAGCGCCACAAGCUGCAGGAAGAGCGUGUUAACUCGAAGUUGGAGUUGGCCCGGAAACAUAUAGCAGAAAUUGCGCGCAUCCAGUGGCAGGAGCAGCGCAAGGAGGACGAGAGCCAGUUGGCCAAGGUCUCAAGUGAACUGAUUCAAAAGGAAAACGAUCUUAUGCGUCUCCAUUUGGUACAACACUACUCCAACAUGGAGCACUUCGUUGGGACAGAGGCUCAACCUACGCUAUUCUGGCGUCCAGCAGAGUGGGAUUCUCACACGCGGCGUCUGCAGCAACAAACUAAAGUUUGGAUAGAGACGAAAAUCAAACACAUUCAGGAGGCAGACUACACCUUCAGCUCAGUUGGGGAUCCGGAGAGCCACACAGACGCCAACCACGGCAGCGGAGAGGCCCCAGCCUCCCCCGAAGACAGAGGCGCCUCUGAAGUUGCCAGUAACAAAGAGGAAGACUCGCAAGACUAA